AUGGGUUUCUCCACUACUGCUACCCUGGCCAAUUGCCUGCUCUUGACCGCGAGUGUUGUACACGCAGCUGAUCUCGACCCUACGCAAUGGCUCGGUGGAAAUAGCCCCUGGUUCCAAGGCCCUGAUGUUAACAACAUUCCCUAUGAGGUGCCUGAUGGCUGCACCGUAGAUAUGGCGGCCUUUGUGUCUCGCCACGGCUCAAGGUAUCCUGACCCGGGAGCUUACAAUGGAUGGGUGGCACUCUCUGAGAAGAUCCAAGCUGCUCAGUUCACCGCCACAGGUGACUACAGCUUCAUCUCCACGUGGAAGCCUGUACUCCGCAACCCGGCUGUUGAGAUUUCAGACAUCUCCAUAGGAGGAUACAAGGAGUUGUACGACAUGGGCGUCUCCUAUAGAUGGAGAUACCCUGAUUUCUACACUGAAAACACUCCUUUCUCAGUGUUUGCGAAUCAGUAUCCUGCAGCUCCUAGGGUUGUCAACUCCGCAAGACUAUUUGCCAGAGGAUAUCUGGGUCCAAACAGCACCUACGGAGACAUUUAUGUGCUCAAGUCCAAUGUCCCAGAGUCCAUCGCCAACUCCCUUGCUCCUUCCGACUCCUGCCCUACCUACAGUGACAACGGUGGUGGUGAUAACCUCACAACCUGGAAUAAUCUGUACCUACCUGCUGUCACCAAACGCAUCAACAGCCAUAUCAAGGGCAACUUUUCCUUCACAAGUUCUGACGUGACUAACUUUCCCUACCUAUGCGGAUUCGAGACCCAGAUCACUGGUCGUAGAUCCCCAUGGUGCAACAUCUUCACAGACGAUGAGCUUCGCAAGUACGAGUAUGCACAGGAUUUGCGCUAUUAUUAUGGUUCUGGUCCUGGUUCUGGCAAGAACUAUACAUUGAUGCAACCUGUUCUCAAUGCCAUCGUCCAAAGACUUGUCGAUGGUCCAAACAAAACAUAUGUGAACAGCAAUGGUCAGUCAUGGACACCGGGACCACUAAUGCCCAUGUUCACCAACGAUGGUCAAAUCAAUCAGCUUGCUGCUGAAAUUGGAGUCUUUGAUCAGCAGAAGCCUCUUCCCAGCACCAAGAUCCCUAGUGAUCAGCUCUACAUCUCAAGCCAUUACGUGACCAUGCGCGGUACCAUCGGCUUCGAGCGCUUGACUUGCUCCAGCAAGAAGUACGUCCGCAUCACACUCAACGAUGCCGUAUAUCCCGUGCCUUCGUGCCAAAAUGGUCCAGGAAAGUCUUGCCCUGUGGACAGCUAUGCUGCGCUCAAUGCUCAAAAGGCAAAGUCGCAGGGCACUUUUGUGCAAACCUGUGGUCUUACCAACUCUACUGCUGCUGGAAAGACAAAUACUGCUACGUUCUUGAGGGAUAAUGCUUUGUCCUGGGAGUACGUUGUUAAGCCGUAG